GAGAAACUCCAGGGGACCCUGGGCCCGCUCAGGGAGGAGCUGGAGGAGGCCGUGGUGCUGAGAACUGAAGAGGAGGAGAAAACCACAGAGUGGCAGAGGAAAGUGCAGGCGAAGCGAGUGACAAUUGCCGGUGAAUUUAACAAGCUGCAUGUGCUGCUGAGGGAGGAAGAGCAGCUGCUUCUGCAGAGGCUGGUGGAGGAGGAGCAGGAGACUCUGCAGAGGCUACAGGAAAAUGUCUCCAAACUCUCCCAGCAAAGCGUCUCCCUGCAGCAGCUGAUUGCAGAGAUGGAAGGGAAGUGUCAGCAGCCAGUUGCGGAGCUGCUGAAGGACGUGAAAAGCACGUUGAGCAGGAGUGAAAACAUGAAACUCCAGGGACCCGAAGCCGUUUGCACCGACCUGCAGCGCGGGUAUAAAAUUUAUCUUGAUAUGAGGGAAGCUCUGAACAGGUUUGCAGGUGAGUGGAGCCCCUGGGACAUCGAGCUGUUUGGUGCGGGAGGCUCCAGGCAGAGCCUGGGGCCCCAGGACACACGUGGACCCGGCUGAGAGCUGUGCGGUAGCUGGAGGCUGAUGCGCUCAGAGCUGGGGAGUUUACCUGCUGCUCACACUCACCUGCUGGCACUCACAGGGAUCUGACUUAGCCCCAUCAUCCCGACACUCUGACCUUUCCUGCCUGGGUCAAUGGGGCCACUGAGCAGGUGCUGUGAGGCCUGGCCUGAGCCAAUGUGCUGGGGGCUGCGCAGACGGGUUACAGAGGACGUGUCUGUGCCUCUCUCUUAGCACAUGGCGAGGGCCGGCCGAGCUCCCUGGUCUGGGGAGGGGCCGGUCUGGCUGCUGUGCCCUGCAUGGGCCGUGUGUUACUGGGGAGCCAACUGAGCCCUACGGGCCUCUCAUCUGCCCAGUGUGAGGCUGGUCAGUGAUUUGCUGCUUGGUGGGUGAGAAUCCCUCUGCAGUGUGAUCCUGUCGCUGUCUGAGCCUGAGCUGCCCCCAUCCAGCCCCUCCCCUCCCUCCCUGAGCCCAAAGGCAGACAGGUGGCAGCGAGGGGGGAAGAGAGGAAACUCCAGCAGAGGGAGGGGGGCUGGGAGGGGUCGGAGAGCUCUGGCUGGGAGUGGUGCUCAGGCCCCUUCAUCCUUCCCCUGCCGCUCCACCCUCCCCACUGCCCUCCAGCAGGAGAGUUGAAGGGGCCCCGCCGGGUUUGUGUGACCCGGCCGAUGGUGGUGGAAGCAGGGCCAGGAGCUCUGGGGAUCAGGAGGCCCAGGCUGUGGGGGAAGCAGCUUGGAGCGAUUCUGGUCUUCAGCUGCUGCUGCUCCUCUGGGGUCAGGCUCCUUGGCCAGGGGUCUGGGCUGUUCGAGCUGCCGCUUGCUCCGUGUGGGGCGGUGCCGGGCGCUUGGUCUGUGCAGCAGCUGUGGGUGACUCCUGUGUGUGGCUGGUCUCACCAGGCCUUGGCUCACACAGGGGCUGGAGCUCUGUCAUCAGUGGCUGCUGGGCCUCUGGGGCACUGGAGCAACAUUUCCUCUGCUGACCCCUGGGACUUUGCCAGUGUCUUGGCCUGACUGCUCUCCAGAGACACACACUGGGGGCUUCUGUCCUGCUCUGCCAGUGGCCCCUGUGGACGGUCAGUAAGAACCCUGCACCUGGGCCUACAAAUGGCAGAGCUGUUCACUAGCCCAGUCCAAGCGCUUCUCACCCUGCUCCUGGGACCCCCAGAAAUGCUGAAUCCCAUUGACCGUCUGCCCCAGCGCCCUGGCCCAGAGCCGGCUGUGCCCUAGCGCCACUGGCUGCAUCAUUCCCAGGGGCGUCCUUUCAGCUGUCCUGCAGGGAGCCGCUCCAGCGCCCCAGCUGCCAAGCUGUGAGUCUGGGGGUGCGGCUCAGGUAUCACAGAUAAGCCAUGGGGCGUCUGAAACCCCUGGCUGGCCUCUCCCUCUGACCCUCCUCCGUGCAGUGUGCUGGGUUCCUGACUAGACACCAGCAGUCGGCCCCCUCGGCGAGCCUCAGAGCCGGCAUGAGGGACGCUGGCUGGUGCGGUUUGUGCUGCAGCAUUAAACACGGCUGGGUAGAUGUUGGGGCUGGGGCUGGCAUCUGGGUUUGAACUUUCCCUGCAGUCCCUGGGAGGAGCUGCCCAGCUGUGUAGCCAAACCUGCCGCGCCUGCAGAGCCUGGUGUGAGCACCCCCAGCCUGUCUGCCCCAGGUCUGCACGGGGGGUGGUUGGGACAGUUGCUAGCUGGGGACACCUGUGCCCCUGGGGCUCUGGGAGGGGCUCUGUGGCCAGCUCCCGCGCUGAGAGACGCCGGGGCAGAGGGUCUGUGCCGCUCGCAGGGCCCAGGGGACACGUCGCUCUGGGCAGAGAGUUCAGGCUGGAGCCGAGUCUCCACUGGCAGCCGGGUCUGUGGGCUGAGAUCAGGGCUGGGGGGAUUUUCCUGGCCAGGGCACGUUUCACAGUUGCUCUGGAGUGUCCCAGCUGGUGCCCUGUGCCUGGUUUGCCCGUCACCAUGUGGGGCUGGGGCUGGGGCCAGUCUCUUGCUGCCAGUCACUGGGCCUGGGCGCCUCAGCUGCUCAGGCAGGUUUGCAGAGGGGCUGGGCAAUCGGGUGCUAAUAGCUUAUCAGCAGAACAAUUCAAUUUGGGGUCAAAUGAAACUGCUCCCGGCCCCAGGCUGAGUUUGCUGGCGAGUGUCCAUGGACAGAGCCAGGUGCCGCCGCUUCCCUUCCAGCCUGUAGCCCAGGGGCGGGGACCCAGCUGGGAGCCCCAGGUCCCAUCCCUGUGUGGGGCGGGGCAGGGAUGGGAAUGUGGGUCCCCCCUCAGGUGGGGGCUGGAACCGCUGGGCUCCGGGGGUCUGACGUGGGGUCCCUCAGUCUCUGCUGCUGCAGAUGCUCCCCUGGGUCUAAACACGGCCCUGGGCCCUGGGCAGAGCGUGGGGGUGAGACUGGCUCUGCAGCACAGUGGGGCGGCCCCGCCUGGGAACCCAGAGUCCAGCCCCAGUGACCUGCAGUUACUGACCCAUAACUCAGUGAGGGGAGGGGCACGGGCCCGGCACAGCAGUGUCUGAGGGAGCCGGGUUCCCUUGCACUGAUGCAGCUGCCCCCGUGCAAACCCCCAGUGCAGCCAUGUGGGUGUGAACUGGGACUGGUCCCUGUGCAGCUUCUCCCAGGAGGAGGGGGCAGGAAGUGGGGAGAUGGCCCCUGUCCGGUACGGCCCUCAUUAGCAACAGCCCAUUGGUUUGCAAUUGCACCUCCCUCCCAUCCUCCACUGCCCUGCCCCUACUAGGAGCUCUGGGAGAGGGGCUGGGCCAGAGAAGUGGAGACCUGUCACUCCCCUCCCUCCUUCUGUCUGUCC